AUUACUAUGUAAAAUACAAUGGAGGACUAUCAACCACUCAAAGGAAGUUUGCAUAAGAGUUUUGGCUUUAAAUUGGAUUCCAAAGGACAUUUAACAGACAAAAGCAUCGUUUACUGUUUACAUUGCGAAAAGAGCUUUUCCUAUCAUCAGCAUCACAGCAAUACAAGUUUGCUUUACCAUUUACGGAAAAAACAUCCUCAAAUCACUAGUGAGGAAGGAGAGUCAGAUUCGGAAAUUACAGUUAUCUCUGACAACUCCAACAUGGAUUUCAGAGGGUACCCCCUGUCAAGCAAUGUGCCCCCAAAUUAUCGGAGAAGGGGGGAACGGGGAGUGGCAGGACAGGUCCUGGAUAGACGCAAGUCUACAGUUUGGAAUUACUAUAUCCAGCUUAAUGAGAUGUUUGUUGAGUGUAACAUAUGCAAGCGGCAGUUGUCUUAUCACAACAGCACUACAACUAUGAGGGAACACCUCGUCCGCAAACACAAUAUACGCGACAACGUGCCACCCGUACUCGAUAACACAGCGGUGGCUGGUGCCCCGAUUCCAGCUACGGCCCUCCAGCCAAUGGCUCUGCCUGGAUUCCCAUGCAGCAGCUCCACUAAUGCACCAACCGCCAACACAGGCUUGUUCCAACCAGAUUUACAGAUAGUUGUAAAAGAAGAGCAGCAGGAUGCUGCCUUAUCUCCUGAACAAUGGGCAGCCAAACGUGCACGAAUCACAAUUGCUCCUCCAGCUGUAGGAGACGGUGCCACCGCUAACCCCGCCCCCAGACAAAAUCUGGAGCCAUCAAACUCAAAUAAUGGUUUACUAUACAGUGAGAACAGCAACUUUGGCGAUAUCAACCGCAGCGAAAAUGGCGUCAAGCAGUCCAGUGAUAAACGCACUGGAGUCCUGACUGAACUGAUAAUGGAAAUGGUGUACAGAGACUUGCAGCCACUGUCUGUGGUGGAGGAGAGGGGGUUUUGUCUCCUGUUGAGUUGCUUGGAGCCACAGUACCCUGUGCCAUCUCCGUCACAGCUCGGCAGCCUUAUUUGGCAUCGAUACGAUGUUCUGAAACGGCACCUGCAGCAGUAUCUCCAGUCAGGCCUGGCGCCGCGUGGCAUAACACUGUGCACUGAAUGCUGGCAGUCUGUGGCGGGCUGCGAAGUGGGCACCGGUGGACGGCCCUUCAUCACUGUAAGUGCACAUUUUGUCGACAAAGACUGGCGCCUUGCCCGUUGUGUACUGCAGACACGCCCCAUGCCAGAUAUCAGAGAGGCUGCUUGUGGAAGAGGGUUCACCCAAUUUGGGGAGAGCCUGAAGGAGGUUCUCUCCGAAUUCCAUCUCCCACAGAGCUCGGUUUUCUGCAUUGUGCACGAUGCUCCCAGGACAUCGGACGGAAGAGGGACUGAGAGCACAAGGCUUAAGAAAAAGAAAGACAGCCACAUUGGUGGACCGGGCCAGGUACCUCAGGAUCUCCCAGAGGGGUGGGUGGCUUUACACUGUGCAGGGGAAGCCCUCAAACUCUGCAUCCAGGAAGGACUAAGGAUGGACCCUGUCAGACAGGCCCUGGCUGAGGCCCGCAGGAUUAUCUCCCAUUUCCAGCACGACGCCCACGCUGCCACGGCUCUGAUCCACAAGGCCGAAGCUGCAAAUAAGGCAGGUGCGUGUCUGGUGCUGGAUGACCCGGGGCGAUGGGCCACCGCUAUAGACAUGUGUGACAGUCUUCUAGAGCUCAAGUGGGUGGUGAGCUCAGUACUAGAGGAACAGAAAGCUGCCCCAAAUUUAGCAGACCACCAGUGGCGCCUCAUCCAGGAACUGGUGCCGGUGCUUAAGACCUUCCGCAUCGCCGCCUCCUUUAUGAGCGAGGACGUCAACGUGUCCAUCUCCGCUCUUCUCCCAUGCCUGCACGGCGUUUCCCGGAUCCUGGGGCAACACGUCGCCGAGACCACCUGCCCCGUAGCUCGAGGUGUCAUGGAGACGGUUCAGUCAGGGAUGGAGCGACAGUGGAGACUGGGAGAGGACGAGGCCUUACUGGAGAAUCCCGCCGUCCUCUCCUCAUUUCUGGAUCCCAGGUUUAAGGAGCUGCGUUUCCUGAGUCCACAUGCACGCAGUAAGCUUCAUGACAGGGUCAAGGACCUGUUAUCCGCUCAGGCACAAACAGAAGCGGACGAAAUUAGCAGAGAAUGUGAUAAAGGAGGCGAUGACGAGGACGGUGAAGAGGGAACGGACAAGGUCAUGACGAACAUCAGACAGGAUAUCUCCAAGUCAAGUGUCGCUCCCAUGGAUUCACCGAUGUCCUGUGAAUCAAAUGAAGGGGACAUCACGGUGCUUCAGCAUCAGCUGAAGGUGUCCCAGACCUCCGCAUCCCAGGUAAUUGAAGAGGGACUGGGUGAAAGCUUGCGCUACAGCACCGGAAAUGGUCCCAGGAGAGUGGGCGGCGUAGCAGGACUGUCUAACCCGUUAAAAGGAGACACAAAGCCCCCUUCUUACAGGCAAGUGAGCCCUAUACCCAAAAGCAUGUACGACAUACUGCUUGGAGAGGAUCCCACGGAGCGAAUGCCCGAGAUCCACCAACAGCUGGAGAACUACAUUGCAGAGCCCCUGUGCAAACGCAGCCUUUCACCACUCCACUGGUGGCGUUCUAAGGAACAUCGCUUCCCUGCCGUGGCCAGACUUGCACGUACAUUCCUGGCAAUCCCUGCUACUGCCGUGCCUGCCGACAGAGCCUUCGCUCCUAGAGAGACUACAGUCGCUCAGCGCAGGGCGAUUCUGGGGCCCCAGCAUUUGGAGCAUAUUCUCUUCCUUCACCAGAACAGUGACUAUGUGGAGAAGCUAAUGGGAGGGUCAAAGGGUCAUGAGGACAGGGGCAGCGACAGGAACGCAGCCAAGCAGACAAGAGAGACUCUGUAUCAGUCUUUAGUGUCCUAUGAAAGCAUGUCUUGAGUGGGAGUUGUUUUGAUCAGUCCAUAUACUUAACUUUAAUAAGGAGAAACUUGUCAUGCCUGUGCACACACACCACAGGACUAUAAGAAAAGAUCCAUCCUUUUAGAUGUAUCUGACAUCCACUCAUCCAUUUGAGGUUAUUGGCAGCUAUGAGAUUCAAAGCCUCACUUGUGUAGUGUCUGUAUUUAGAGUGUCCCUUAAGUAUUUGGACAGUGACAUGUUUUUUGGCUCUGGACUCCAGCAUUAUUGACUUGUAAUGAUGCAAUGACAAACAUGUUAAAGUAUAGACUGUCAGUUUUAAUUUAAGGGUAUUUUUAUGAAUCCUUCAGAAAUAAAUAGUCCCCCGAUUUAGGCGUAGAAAAAGUAUUUGGAAAAUUGAGUUGAAUGAUAGCUGUCUAUUAUUCAGCAGAUGUGUUGGUUGAAAUUAUUAGUGCAUGCACGAGACAGCUGUUAAUGUCUAGUCUUGAUUUUAGGCUUUGCUUUUGGAGUUGGUUUCUGGUGUCUGAAAAUAGGAGAACAAGUGUCAGUACAGUCAAACAGGCCAUCAUGACACCAAUAAAUCAGAGGUAGCCAGAACAUUAGAUGUGCCAAUAUCAUGUGUUUGCGAAAUUAAUUAAUGUUAAUAACCUAAAAUGAAAGCAGGCAGUCUGUAGUUUAACGUUCAGUAGUUUAAAGUCAUUGUUCCAUUGCAAAUCCUGUGUGCUGGAAUAGCCAAAACAACAGCACAGUUUGUGUAAAUUUGUGUUGUGAGCUAUGAAUCUUAUUCACACUUUGUUGCAAUACUAAAACAAUAUGUAGCCUACAGUAUAUGUAAAGUUGUAAGAGGUAGUAGAUGUAGACUCAAUUUAACUGAAUGACAACACACAUUAACCAUAUCUAUGGUUUGCAUAAUGUAAAACACUGACUUGUACAUUAUCCUAGCAUGAUGUCCAUGUAGAAAUGUCUCAAGCCCCAACUAUGUAAUAUGGUUUUGGUAUAGUUGUAAACAUUGUUCAGGCAAACAAUCAAUUAAAUGACAUUUAUUUCAAAACAACACCUGAGUGAAACCAUAAGUUUAACUUUCAUCAACACUCUCAGGUUUACAGAUAACUUGCCACUCAGGUAAAGAUCUGUUCUCUUCCAGAACUAAUAGAUUGUCCGUCAAGACUUUUAACCUGAGUGUUUUAACACAGACCAGAACAGUUUGUUGUGAAAGGCCAGUUCGCUAUUGUAAUUCUCUGUUCUUAGCUGCCUGGGAUUUAACCCCAAUUCAUACUGAUAUUGAUCAAAAUAAAAAGGUCAACUACAGGACAUUUCAACAAGGAUUUCAGGUUCCUUAAAAAAAGGGUUGUUUAAAAACUUUGAGACAGUGUCUCAUAACAAUAACUGAACCACUUGUCCAAUUGCAGAGAAUUACUAAGGAACGUUAAUGCCAUAUAAUUUAAGGUUGUAAACCGUAUUCAUUUCUGGGGCUUUCUUUAGUUUAAAGAUUGUUUGGAGGUGAUUUUAAAUAAAUAUGUGCCAAUAUGAA